AUGAAGGUCAGUAACUUAGUUUUAAUAUUAAUUAGUAUAUUCUCCAUGGCGCAGGCAUCUUCUCUAUCAUCAUACAUUGUAACCUUCCCGAAGCCUGAUACUAUUGCAACGGACCAAGACAGCAUUAUUGAAGAUGUCAAGAAGUUUGUGAUAGACGUAGGCGGGACCAUUACGCAUGAGUAUAGUUUGAUAAAGGGGUUUACUGUGGACCUGCCUGAUAGUGAACAGGUGCUGGACAGCCUGAAGGAAAAAUUAGACUAUAUUGAGGAUAAGUUCGGCACUAAAUGUAACUUAGAGAAGGAUUCUGAGGUUCAUGCUUUGAACCGUGAUCAUUUGGUUGCCUAG